CCGCCACUCAGUCGUUGACGCGCGCUCGUUUGGUUUGCUUCGGGUAUUAAUGGUGCUUCAACAUCCACGAGAGAGCUUGACGGUCCAGGUCCAAUACAAAGGAGCUUGUGCUUGACCUGCAUUCCAUUCAGAAAGAAAUAACCAUCGCGGCAUGCGCUCGAUCACGAGAUUGCUCAGCUACGCGCUGCUCUUCCUGUUGUCGGCCACUGUCGCCGUGGCCACCGCAACGGCGGAGCAAGCGGCGUCCAGCUUCGAGACGGUGCACACGAGCAACGCGGCGAUUCUAAAUCGGCUGGGUCUCGCCCCGCUUCAGAUACCCGACGGCCAUCACAAGAAGCGUCUGGCCGGCCCGGAACCGCCCGGUCUCAACUCGAAGACGCGGAUCCAUCAGCCUUACAGCCGCCGGCACGGCCACCGGGACAGCCACGUCUACAUCGUGAAGCUGCCAGCCAGCCCGCCGUACUACACCAUCACGAAGCCGCACAAGUCCGUGAAAGACGACAGGGUGACGAAGACCGGGCCCAACUUCCCCGUGGGGUUCCAAGGGAACGGUAAACCGGCGAAGAUCUACCAUUGGAACCUGCCGGUCGUGAAGAAGAUCACCGAGAAGAAGCGGCUGCACACUCAGCUGAAGCUGGACCAGGCCAAGAGGAAGAUGGACGCCGCGAAGAAGUAUCAGAAUUCGAAGAACAACCGUGGCGAGCCGGGUGACCCAGUGAGGCAGCAAGGGAGCAGCAAGAAGCGUUACGGGAGCACCAACGACAAGGCGAAGCACGUGAGGAACAACGACAAGAGGCUGAGCUAUCCGGAUCAGGAGGAGGACAAGGGUGACGCGACGAAGAAAAGCAACGUGAACAAGACGUACAGGCUGGACGACACCGGCGUGCACAGGAUCCAUUUGACGAACGAGGUUCACGGCUCGAGGAACACGGCGAAGGUGAAGAAACACCGGAAGAAGGCGGCCAUGUCGUACUACGCGCCGAUCACCGGCAAAUCCGGCUCCACGAGCAUCCACAAGAAUUUCCCCGGUAACGGGAAGCCGAAGGCGUUCUACGUGAUGGAAAAGAGCCGCAAGCCUGUCUAUUAUCACCCCCUGUUACCUUAAUCUCGCGUCACCGCGCCAAGGUAAUGCCGCGAGGAGCUCGUUAACUCAAGUCAGGUGAAAACGAGAGCGAGGGCCGCCCGUUUUAUCGUAGCACGGCGAUGAAAUUUUUAGAGGAACUGAGAGUAAGAAUGUGCAUGUAACGUACCGUGUAUAUGUAUGUAUGUAUGUGUGUGUGUGUGUGUGUGUGUGAGAGAGAGAUUCUUUUGGAUGGAGUCGUCCUUGCUCGAAGCCACGCGUUAUCCUGCAGAGAUAAAAAAAAGAAAGAAAAGAAAACCGUUCCACUUCUGUUACAGUUGUUAGAAGUAUUAGAUUAGGUUUCUUUCCGAGGCUUUCUUUGGAAAGGUGGACUUAAUAUUUAGGAUAGUUUGAAGAAAGAGUUUUUUGCAAAACGCCUGCGGCUGAGCUCGAUGCGGUGGCACGCUCAGUGACCAUGCACUAGGUUAAGCCACGAGGGGGGAAACGGAAACGAUCGUGUCGGUGCUUUCUCUUCUCACGUUUGCAUCGAGCUGCCGCAAUUGUUAACUGCCAGAGAGACGCACGAAUCGCGUUGGAUUUGACAAUUUUGUGAAAUUUCAAAAAAAAAAAGAAAAAAAGAAAGAAGAAACUGAAAUAUCUGUAAAUCGACGAUCAAUUGUCAAAGUUACCCGAUGCGGACGAUGGCUUCGCCUCGAUCGUUUCCCAAUCGCCGCGUUCAACUUUGUACAAUAUAUUUUUAUAAGUUUGACGAGACACUUUUUCUAUAUGUCGUGCGUCGUUUUCUACAACAACAACAAAAAAAAAAAAAAAAAAAAAAAAAAAAAAAAAAAAAUGAUAAUGAGAGACCGAUAUCGGUAAACAUUUCUGAACGAAAUGAGUUUGCGAGUCUCGUGCGAGGCAAUCGGUCGCGAGCGAACUUUUACGAAAGACUGGACAAUAUUAUGCCUACUAUACUACUCUCUCGGCGGGAUGCACAUGCCUUUUUCUACGUAUUAACCGCGCAAGGACUUUUUACUGGUUCUAUCUAACCUUUUUUGUUUUCNUUUUUUUUUUUUUUUUUUUUUUUUUUUUCUUUCUUUUAUACUAACGAAUUGCAGAAGCGCGAGAGCAGCAGACAUUUUUUAUAUUCUUGUAUAUCGUAUGUUAUAGGAGGAAGCUCAAUUGUAUCGAACUAUGGCAUUCAGUGUAGUGUAAUAAAAAGUAUUUAUAGUACUUUGUA